CAGCUAUUGAAAGAACAAUUGUUCAUUGGCCCUGGAAGGGUGGGGGUGGUUUUGUUUCCAUUCUUCGAGACAGACGGGCCGAGGCGAGUGAGAAGACGACCAAAUCUUCUGUGUUUGUGGGCAUGGACACCAUCAAGGUGCGCUCCAAGUAUCUGUGGAGGCUCCUCCAGAGCUCCUGUCGGGGCAACGUGGUGCGACACGAGGAUGGCCGCUUCACCGUGGAGAUCCACAAAUACUCCUACGAGGCCUUGGAAGCCUAUGGCCGUUACCUGCACGAAGAUCAAGUGAUGUGCAGGCCCGAGGUGGCCAUGGAGCUUUUGGAGCUGGCUGAGGAGUAUGUGGACUCCACCGGGCUAGCGGAACAGUGCGCGCAGCUGGUGAGGCGCAGUGUGUGUCAGAGCAGCUUGGCCUCCUGCGUCGCGUCGUGUCUCUUCCUGCGCCGUGCGGCGCUGGCCGUGGAGCUCACCAAGCUGCGGCUCUGUGUGGACAACUGCUGCGACGUGUUGCAAGUCCUGGAAACCAUCGACUGCAUGGACCUGCAGGCGGAGUACAUCCGCAGUAUCGUGAUGAACUUCGCCGCCGGCAAUGCCACGGCCAUCGUGAAGUCCGAGCGGUUCAAUUGCUUGGCAGAUGCCCUGAAGAGCCGUCUUUUCAUCAAGCUGGCGACCAUGGGCCUCUUGAAAACUUAGAACUCCUUGUCCAGGCCUACACCCCCGGUCGUGUGAGUAGGAUCGCGGGCGGAUUGUGCAUAGUAGAGAGGCGGUGCGGUGUCGGAAGCGGUCUUUGUGGAUUCUGC